AUCACUACCAAAUGAGAGUAGAAGCAAAACCCCAUGGCUAUGGAUUAGCCACGAUUUCAAACUGAAACCUCCUAACUUGUUGGCCCAAUUAACACUCACCAAACCAAAUUCCUCCGCAGCCUCCAAAAGUCAUUGAUCUCUCUCUCUCUCUUUCUCAAACAACAUAACAAAACCCUCUUCCAAAUGAAUACAUAAACCCCAACACAAAACAAAACCCUUUCUUCUUGUUGAUGGCUUUUAAAUGAGAAAAUCUAAGCCCCUUUUCACUCUUCUCCACCAUAACCAAAACCAAAACCAAAACCUUUUUCAUCUUCUCCUUAAACCCUUUUCAUCUCUCUCUCCCAACUCUCUCCAACAAGAUCUUCCUUCACAGAUCUUCACCAUUCUCUUACAACCCCAAUGGCGUAAAAAUCCAUCCUUUAACACCUUAAUCCCAUCUUUAACCCCAACUCAUCUCUCUUCUCUCUUCAACAACCCCAAUCUCCACCCUCUCACCGCCCUAAACUUCUUCAAAUGGAUCCAUUACCAACAUGGUUUCAUCCACACCGUUCAUUCCUACCAACCUCUUCUUUUCAUUCUUGUUCGAAAUGGGUUUCUUCGUGCUGCAGAGAAUGUACGAAACUCAAUGAUAAAGUCUUGUGUUUCAUCUCAUGAAGCAAGGUUUGUUUUGAACCUUUUGACCCAUCAUGAGUUUAGCCUCUCUGUUACUUCGUAUAAUAGGCUUUUUAUGGUUUUGUCGCGAUUCGGAUUGAUUGAUGAAUUAAAUUGUUUGUUUAAGGAUAUGUUGAAUGAUGGGGUUGAACCUAAUUUGAUUAGUUUUAAUACUAUGGUGAAUGCACAUUGUAAGAUUGGGAAUGUGGUUGUGGCGAAGGCUUAUUUUUGUGGGUUGAUGAAGUUUGGUUUUUGUUGUGAUUCGUUUACGUAUACUUCGUUGAUAUUGGGUUAUUGUAAAAUUCAUGAAUUGGGAGAUGCUUAUAAGGUGUUUGAGAUAAUGCCGCAAGAGGGUUGUCUGAGGAAUGAGGUUUCAUAUACUAAUCUAAUUCAUGGUUUUUGUGAAGUUGGGAAGAUUGACGAGGCUCUCGAGUUGUUUUUUCAAAUGAAGGAGGAUGGCUGUUUUCCUGAUGUCCCAACUUAUACCGUUCUUGUAGCUGCAUUUUGCGAGGUGGGUAAGGAGACGGAAGCUUUGAAGUUUUUUGAGGAGAUGGUGGAAAAUGGUAUUGAACCUAAUGUUUAUACUUACACUGUGUUGAUUGAUUAUUUCUGCAAGGUUGGUAAGAUGGACGAGGGGAUGGAAAUGUUGAGUACAAUGUUGGAGAAAGGGUUGGUUUCUAGUGUUGUCCCGUUUAAUGCCUUGAUUGAUGGUUAUUGUAAACGGGGGAUGAUGGAGGAUGCCAUCUGUGUUUUGGAUUCGAUGAAGUUGAAUAAAGUUUGUCCAAAUUCUCGUACUUAUAAUGAACUAAUUUGUGGGUUUUGCAGAAAAAAAAGCAUGGACAGGGCGAUGGCAUUGCUGAAUAAAAUGUAUGAAAACAAGCUGUCACCCAACCUUGUCACAUAUAACACAUUAAUCCACGGGCUGUGUAAAGCGCGUGUGGUAGACAGUGCUUGGCGGCUGCAUCAUUUGAUGAUUAAAGAUGGCUUUGUUCCUGAUCAGAGGACUUUUUGUGCUUUUAUAGACUGCCUCUGUAAAAUGGGAAAAGUAGAACAAGCACAUCAAGUCUUUGAGUCUCUCAAGGAAAAACACGCUGAAGCAAAUGAAUUCUUAUAUACAGCAUUGAUUGACGGAUACUGCAAGGCUGAGAAAUUUAGUGAUGCUCACUUACUGUUCAAAAGGAUGCUUUUUGAGGGAUGUUUUCCGAACUCUAUUACAUUCAAUGUAUUGUUAGAUGGCUUGCGCAAGGAGGGAAAAGUGGAAGAUGCGAUGUCGUUGGUGGAUGUCAUGGGAAAGUUUGAUGCGAAGCCCACAGUUCACACAUAUACAAUUCUCAUUGAGGAAAUAUUGAGGGAAAGUGACUUUGACCGUGCUAAUAUGUUUCUCGACCAAAUGAUUUCAUCUGGAUGUCAACCUAAUGUGGUCACGUAUACUGCAUUUAUUAAAGCCUAUUGUCGCCAAGGAAGAUUACUGGAAGCUGAAGAGAUGGUGGUCAAGAUUAAAGAAGAAGGGAUAUUACUCGACUCCUUCAUCUAUGAUGUAUUGGUUAAUGCAUAUGGGUGUAUAGGACAACUAGACAGUGCAUUUGGUGUUCUCAUACGCAUGUUUGAUACUGGUUGUGAGCCUUCGCGUCAAACAUAUUCCAUCCUAUUGAAGCAUCUAAUAUUUGAAAAAUAUAAUAAGGAAGGCAUGGGACUUGAUUUGAAUUCAACUAAUAUUUCAGUUGAUAAUGCCAAUAUAUGGAAGAUAGCUGACUUUGAAAUCAUAACCAUGCUAUUUGAGAAAAUGGUGGAACAGGGCUGUGUGCCUAAUGUUAACACUUACAGCAAGCUUAUUAAAGGACUUUGCAAAGUGGAACAUUUGUCAUUAGCCUUUAGGUUGUUUAACCAUAUGAAAGAAAGUGGAAUUUCUCCAUCUGAAAACAUUCAUAAUUCUCUUCUAAGUAGUUGCUGCAAGUUGGGAAUGCAUGAAGAAGCAUUGAGAUUGUUGGAUUCUAUGAUGGAGUAUAAUCAUUUAGCACAUCUAGAAUCCUAUAAGCUUCUUGUUUGUGGGCUAUUUGAACAAGGUAACCAAGAGAAGGCUGAAGAAAUCUUUCGUAGUUUAUUAAGCUGUGGGUAUAAUUAUGACGAAGUGGUUUGGAAAGUCCUACUUGAUGGUUUAGUUAGGAAGGGUUAUGUUGACGAAUGCUCGCAAUUGCGGGACAUCAUGGAGAAAACCGGUUGUCGUUUACAUUCUGAUACGCACACUAUGUUAAGUCAGGAACUGAAUGGAACUUAAUGCAAUGCUUGUUUAUUUUUCUGUGGAAUGGAAUGGGGAAAAUGAUUCCUCCCAUUGAUAUUUCUUUUUUUGAUAAGUCUGGCUAAGGUUGUUGUAUAGAGGAAUACCUGAAAUUUCACAAUACAUUCUUAACAUAUUUACAAUAUCUCAGCAAGUGAGCUGCGAGCAGCUCUUUUCUGCAAUUGAAUUGACAGUUAACAGACCAGCAAUCCGUAGAAGACCAAGAGGCAAGUGACUAUUUAAAUUCUUAUUUAUUCUUUUAUUCUCAUCAUGUAAUAAAGCCUCAAUUCAAAUUUGUAACUUUAAUUUCAGUUUAUCUGAGAAUGUUAGUGCAUUAUUUGCAUGAAUAACUGUGAAUAUAUUAAUUUCCUCAUUACUUUACUUGAA